AUGGGCCCCUGUACCGCCUCCUCAUGCUGCUGCCAGGCCCGUAAUCUGCCAUGGGCCCCCGUACCGCCUCCUCAUCAUGCUGCUGCCAGGUCCAGUCUGUCAUGGGUCCCUGACGGCCUCCCAUUGCUGCUGUCUCCAUCGCCACACUCUGCCAUGUGCCACUUUCAGGUCUCCUCACACUGCUGGUGUGUUCCAUUUUGUCAUAGGGUGCUGGCAGAUUACGGGCCUCCCAUUGCUGCUGCCAGGCCCGUAAUCUGCCAUGGGCCCCCGUAAUCUGCCAUGGCCAGGCCCGUAAUCUGUCAUGGGCCCCUGUACCGCCUCCUCAUGCUGCUGCCAGGUCCAGAGUGUCUCAUGGGUCCCUGUACGGCCUCCCAUUGCUGCUCCCAUCGCCACACUCUGCCAUGUGCCACUUUCAGGUCUCCUCAC